AUGCCCGCAACUAACGUUAAGGUGGUGGUCAACAAGGAUACCACGGACAAGUUUGCCCGGAAAUCGCCGACUUUGAACCACAUAUACAAGUACCCGGCGGUGGCCACGACGCUGGACCGGCUGGUGUCGCUGCCAAUCGUGUCGCAGAUGCUGUCUCUGUUGGUGCUAUCGGCUUUAAAGACGAAGGAGGUGGUUGUUGAUUCGGCCCAUACACCACGGGCUGUGAAGGUGGGCUACAAUGCGGUCGGCCAUGGGGUGCUGAAGAUCGACGAGGUUAUCAAUCUGUUGGUGUUCCGAGAGGGCAUCGAUGCGUUUGUGAGGUGCUUGCACACGCACUCGGACAAGUUGGGGAUCUGGGUAUUGUAUUUCUGCAUCGACUACAUCGCCAAUGUUUCGAACAUGCUGUUGACGCAGCUGGUUGUGAAGCCGUUGCAGCUGAGCCUCAAGGAGAAGACGCUGAAGGAGGUGGUUGAGGAGAGCACCAAGAGCGACGAGGGGGCAGAUGAUUCGCUGACACAUGUGUCCGAGUUGACUUCUACGACCAAGAGGAUCUCGAAGGACAUACAGGAGAAGAUUCAAUCGGGAUACAUUGAACCCACGGCUGAGUUUGCCAAGUCCAAGUACGACUCUCUGGUGAAGCCAACGACCGAGAAGCUGCAGUCUGAGUAUGUGGGUCCCACGACGGACUUCGCCAAACAGAAGUACGAUUCGUAUGUCAAGCCAACCGCAGAUAGAUUGCAGGCCGAGUAUAUUGAGCCAACAAAGGCCCAAUUGGAUACCUCCUACAAGACGGUUUCUGCGACUUUCGAAAACAACUUGAGCAAAUCCGAGAGCGUGCCCCGUGCCAUACUAUCCACAGGUAGAGACCUAAAAAACCUAACUUUGGAAAACUUGAAGGCAAAUAAGUCAGAAUUGGAUAAGGAUGUCAAAGCUGCAACUGAGUCUGCUAAAAAAGCAGCAAAUGAAAAACUAGCUGACUUGAAAAACGAAGCUAAUUAA